UAUUUAUGUGUGUCAUUUGUUUAGACGUCUUUUCAAAUUUCUUUGCGAAUAUUACUUAUUUUAUUUUUUUCAAACAUGGCAGCGCCCAUGCACUCAUGUCUGUUAUGAUUAAUUAAAUAGACAGUUUACUGCUUAAAAUAGUUAUCCAUAAUUAUUCCUAGGUUUCUAUAGCUCCCACCUGGAGAAAUAAUGAACAUGAGCAAGAAAAUUACACAGCACAAAAAGAAGUUUGAUGGAGAUACUAAAGCUCCUAUUCAGGGUUUAUCAGCAAAAGGUCAUGUUGUUAAACAAAAGAAAAAAACGAAAAAGUCAAAACCAAGCACAAGUAUUAUUACGAGUAUCAAAGCUCUGAAAAGUAAUACAAUUUCUGAAGAUAUAUGUAAGGUAUUGAGGCCAGAGCUUAUAGGAUUUACUAAAGGUGCAAUAAGUGGGCUUAAUACGGUCAAAUAUAAUACGAGUGAAACAAGUAACAAGAACCAACAAACUGUAAAUCAUGAUACAAACGUUACCAGUAAGUUGGAAAAGAAAAGAAAAAAGAAAGUUAAAAGGAAAAUAAACAAUGGACAUAGUUCUUUUAAAACAGGGUCUGGGAAUCUUACUGAAAGCACAAUUCAGAAAAUUCAAACAAGCAAUUUUGACAAUAUGAAUGGCAAUACAUGUAAAUCAACAGCUUCUGGACAUUCUAUACCAGAUAGUAACAAGCUCAGUGAAGACCAUCGUAAUUCAAAAAAACUGAAAAAUUUAAAGUGGAAGAAAAAACAGAGCAAUAAAAAGAGGAAAAGGCUUGAGGCAAGGAAGACACAUUCUGUAGAAACUGACAUGUCUAAAUCAGGCGACAGAGCAGUAGCAUUAGUGGAUAAAAAGGAAGCUCCAGUGUCGUUAGUGGAUAAAAAAGGAGCUCCAGUGUCGUUAGUGGAUAAAAAAGGGGCUCCAGUCAUUGAAUUUAAGAAGAAAAACUCAAUUGAAGCUGCAACAGCAAACUGGAAAAAGCUUCAAGAAACAUUGAGAGAGAGCUCUGGUUCACUGGCUGGUAAGAAGAGGAAGAUUCCUGACCAUGCCCUAAGGAACCCAAAGUACAGAAAAAAGGAACCAAAAGAAGUUGCUGCAGAAAAGAAAGAUCAAGCAGAAAAGGAACCAGAGAUCUGGUUUGAUGAUGUUGAUGAGAUCCUUCUGGACCGGAAAGCAGCUUUUCCCGUACCAACAAUUACAGCACCUGUUCAUGACGAGAACCUACCAUCAUCUAAACAACCAACGCCAAAGAACCCUCUUGUUAAAGCAGAAGCCUACAAAGGGCUCACUAAGGCUGUGGGGAUGGACUGUGAGAUGGUGGGGGUAGGGGACGGCACGGACAGCAUGCUAGCCCGCGUCUCCAUCGUGAACCAGUAUGGGGAACCAGUGUAUGAUGCGUACGUCAGGCCCAAGGAGAAAGUCGUGGAUUACCGGACACACGUCAGUGGCAUCCGGCCACAGGAUCUGAAAAAUGGCGAACCGUUUGAAGAGGUUCAGAAGGAUGUGUCAGAAAUACUGAAAGGCAGACUGCUGGUCGGACAUGCAAUCAUGAAUGACUUAAGGGUUCUAUAUCUGAGUCAUCCUAAGAAGAAGAUAAGAGACACAUCGCGCUUCAAGAAGUUCCGUCAACUGACUGGCGGCAAAACUCCCUCGCUGAAGAAACUCUCUGAAAAAGUGUUGGCUGUGAAGGUCCAGGAAGGGGAACAUAACUCUAUCCAGGAUGCCCAAGCUGCCAUGCGGCUGUACACGAUGUACAGGAAGGAGUGGGAGGCAGAGGUGAAGGGCAAGAGAAGACGAGGAAAACUCACAAAACAGGCCACAUGAAAAGAACAGACAUAGAAAACUCACAAAACAGGCAACAUGUACAGAGCAGAUGUGGAAAACACAUGAAUAGCCACAUUAACAUUACUGAGGCUAAUUGUGGCAGAAAAAUAAACAUUUCUUAAGCCAAUAAAUACGAUUGGCCUAUUCCAAUUGUUUAAAUACAAUAAUAUGUAUGUAUGGAUGUUAAUGGUAAGUUAAGUGUCACACGAUCAAAGAUGUAGGUGUAUAAGGGUUCGCUUAUGUCUUUUAGUGUAUUGGUUUAUUGAACAGUUUCUGCUCUUUAAAUUGAACAGUUUUCAUCCAAUCUUUACCAAGCAAUACGUAAUGUGUGUGAUCAUAAUAUCUCAAUCAAGAGCUAUAAUCAGCCAAAUUAGAUCUUAUUGUGUUAUGGGCCUUGAAUAUUUAUUUUUAAAAACACUUAGAACAGAUUCAUAUGCAAUUUUCGAUAAUCAGCCAUAUCCACUAUCCAUCAGUAAUUGCUGAUUUAUAGUUGUAGACAAAUAUCUGACUAGCAUUUUAUGCAAUUGCUGAUUUAUAGGUGUUGAAAAAUAUCUGAUUAGCAUUUUAUGCAAUUUUUACUCUGAACACGUUUUAUUCCAUCUUAAAAACUUGGAGAAAAUGUUUGCUGUCAGUCUUUUUCCAGCCAAAUGCUUUCAUGAACUGCAUAGUUUUGACGCAUAGAUUACCUUAAAUUGGCCUUGUUUUUACAAAUUACACUGUUUAAGUCCCAACAUCAUAUCUUCACUGAACUGUGUAUUUUAAAGAUUUCUUUUAACUUGGAGUGUGCAUGCCUGUUCUACAUGGCACCUCUUGCUAUUAUUUGCCUGGAUGAGACACAUGAUGGGUAUUAUAUUGAAAAAUAUUUAUUAUUUAACUAUUUUUUAAACCAUCGCAUGGGGACAGACUCGCUAAUGCUUUGACUUCUGAUGUGAGUGUUCUAUAAAUGUACUCAAAUACAAAUGGUGAUGUAUG